GAGGCCGGGAGUCUCUUCUGGAGCAGGAAACGGCAGUCCGGGCAGGGCCGCGAAGGAAGGGCGCCGGGGAGGAGCCGAGGCGCGGGGGAGGAGCCGCUGCAGCCCCAGCCUGCGUGCGUCAGGUCUUGCGGGCAACUCGGCAAAGUUCAGGGAAGGCAGGAAAGCGGCUCCUUUGAGGCGAGAGAACAGGCGAGCCCGGCCCAGCCCGGAGCGAGGUGGGGGUCUUUCCCGGUCCUCGCCGGGGAGCGCGGGAAGGCAUCUCCCAGGGAAAAGUUUGUGGCGUGGCCGGGAGCGGGCGGCUGAGCUGAAGAAGCGGGUCCCAUGGAGGGGCGGGAGCUGCAGGAACAGCCGCCCGAGCCGGAGGGACGCCAAGGCGUGCAGCCCUGAGCGGUGGCUCACGGCUCCUCGGUCUCCAUGGGCGCGGGUGGCGUGCUUUAGGAGGCAGGCGGGUGCCCGCCUCGGCGCCGUCAUGGCCAAAUGGCUGAACAAGUACUUUAGCCUGGGCAAUAACAAGACCAAGAGCCCUCCGCAGCCGCCCCGACCGGACUAUCGGGACAAGCGGAACGGGACAGCGGUAGCGGGCGGCGGAGGGCAUCACAACCACCACCAUCACCACCAUCACCACCACCACACGUCGCCGUGCUUCCCGCGCCACGACACCAGCGACCUGCUUCGCGCCUACCGCGCGCAGAAGGAGCGCGACUUCGAGGACCCUUACAGCGGGCCUGGCUCGUCGCUGCGCAAACUGAGGGCGCUAUGCCGCGCCGAGUAUUGCGCGCCGGAGGAGCUGCUGGUCGAGUCGGCCGGUCCCAAGCCCUUUUCGUCCGCGUCCUGCUGCGGCGGCAGUGGAGUAGGCAGCGGCGGUAGCAGCGCCGCCGUCGCCUCCGCCCCCGCCCCCUCGGUGGCCUCCUCUUCGCCUCAGCUCUUCCGCAGUCACAGCGAGCGCCGAGCCGCCACCCCGCCCGACUCCGCGUCGGUCAAGUACAUUUCCCCCAAGCACCGGCUAAUCAAAAUAGAAAGCAACGAAGGUUGUAAGGGCGGCAGCGGCGUUCCCAUCACCUGGAGCCCGCCGGGAAUUGGCGGAGCCGGGCAGAAGAAGCUCAACAAGUGUCUCGAACAAGUGGAGGGUGGCGGCGGCAUCUCUGGCACCAAGAAGGAGAAAGUUUUAAUAGCAGAUGACUACUCUGAUCCAUUUGACGCCAAGAAUGAAGUCAACAAAACGGGCAAAGGAGAAAACACUGGCUAUAUGGAACCAUAUGAAGCUCAGAGGAUCAUGACAGAGUUACAGAGGCAAGACAAUGUGAAGCCCCAGCAAAAAGACAUCCAGCUCUAUGACACACCUUAUGAACCUGAAGGCAACAGUGUGGAAUCAGAUUCGGAAAGUGCUGUGAGUCAGCGCUUGAGGGAGAGCAAGCUGCCACAAGAUGAUGACAGGCCUGCAGAUGAGUAUGACCAGCCGUGGGAAUGGAAUAAGGUCACCAUUCCUGCCUUGGCAGCCCAGUUCAAUGGGGGAGAAAUAAGGCAAUCUUCACCUUCUCCAUCUUCAAGUGAUCGGCGCCGACAGCUUCGGGCACCAGGGGGAGGCUUCAAACCCAUCAAACAUGGUAGCCCAGAAUUCUGUGGAAUCUUGGGGGAGAGAGUGGAUCCAACUAUUCCGCUGGAAAAACAGAUAUGGUAUCAUGGAGCAAUCAGUCGGACAGAUGCAGAAAACCUCUUGCGCUUGUGUAAAGAAUGUAGCUAUCUAGUGAGGAAUAGUCAAACAAGCAAACAUGACUAUUCGCUUUCAUUAAAGAGCAACCAAGGGUUUAUGCACAUGAAGUUGGCAAAAACCAAAGAUAAGUAUAUUCUGGGUCAGAACAGUCCUCCCUUUGACAGUGUGCCAGAGGUUAUUCACUACUACACUGCAAAAAAACUUCCUAUCAAAGGAGCUGAACAUUUGUCACUCCUGUACCCUGUUGCUGUCCGGACCUUAUAAUUGUUCUGCCCACGCUCCUUCCUGUGGAUUGGAGAUGAAGGAUGCAGCAGCGGAAGGAUUCCUGCAUCGGCCUCUGCAGCAGUUCUUGGAAACAGAUAAGCCCUUUGGCCUUUCCAGAAACAGACUGUUGUACAGUAGUUGGAUGAGUGGAAUUGUUGCACUACUUUGCAUGUCCUGUGUGGAAACGUUGGCUUCUAUUUAUAUGAGAGAAAAUGGAUUCAGACAUAAAAGAAAUGCAUCCUUUUCCAGGAAUCCCACCCUACACUCCCAGGAAUGGAAAUCUUGCCAAACCCAAAGAAAGCCCUUCAAAACUUUCUGCCUGUGACCAACAACUUGCUCCCCUCCUAGCUAUGUUUGGUGGGGGACAAUACAUUCAGACCAAAUCUGCAAAUGGACACACACUCUUCUGGGAGUGGAGCGGGGGCGAAGAGAAAACUGGCUUUGCUACACACUUCAGACUUGGGAACUAUGUAUUACACACUCAACCCCAAAUUUGUAUUGUUGUUUUCAUGCACAAAUCAGCCCAACAUGAAGACCCUUCCCCCCCUCUCUUUUUUUUGUCAUAAUGAGGAUGUCAUUUUAAAGAUCUCAAUGAUUAAUUUUGCAAUGGCAGAAAGUGUUUGGUUAUUUAUGAAUAGGGUAUGUACUUAAAUAGUGGUUUAAUAUAUAUACAUAUAUAUAUAUAUUUUUAUUCCCCUCUCCUUUGUGGGGGGGGGGGUACAACAAUAAAGCUCUAAGGGUUUUUUGUGCCGAUUCCUAAAUUAAAGGCAGUGACUCAGUUCUGUUUUUUGUUGUGUACGUACGAUGUAAGUGGUGAUGGUUCAGUGAUUUCCCAUGGAAGGCCAGGAUGGUGAGGGUUGAUGUUUACAUGACCAUAUUUCAGACCUAAUGACCCUUCCACAGGACAGGCUUCCUCAAGUUGAUAAAAGCAUCUGUGUGAAGAGUGGCCCCACCUCAGGGAUAUGGGGAAAACCCAUGAGUAACUUUUUUGUUGUUGUUUCUCUAGAUUCAUAAUGAGUCAAGUAGCAAAAUGUAAAUCAGGCCCACUUCCUCCCUCCCUCCCC